CCCAAAUAUAAAAGGCCCUCCUUGCGCUGGGUUAGGACAGUUUUGGAGCUGGCCUACAAGUAGUGGCUGCCACGCCCUGGACGUCUCGCUGACUGCGUUCCUGCGUCUGAGAAAUGUCUACUGACGAGACAGAAGCUGCCGCCAGCACCCAGGUGACAGCAGAAGAACCAGUACAGCAGCCCAGCGUGGUGGACCGCGUGGCCAGCAUGCCCCUCAUCAGCUCCACCUGCCACAUGGUGUCCGCCGCCUACGCGUCCACCAAGGAGAGCUACCCGCACGUCAAGACCGUCUGUGAUGCGGCGGAGAAGGGCGUGAAGACCCUCACGGCGGCGGCGGUCAGCGGGGCCCAGCCCAUCCUGUCCAAGCUGGAGCCCCAGCUCACAUCCGCCAGCGAAUACGCCCACAGGGGGCUGGACAAGCUGGAGGAGAAUCUGCCCAUCCUGCAGCAGCCGCCGGAGAAGGUCCUGGCGGACACCAAGGAGCUCAUGUCAUCUAAGGUGUUGGGGGCCCGAGAGGCUGUGUCCAACACGGUGUCCAGUGCCAAGGACACAGUGGCUUCCCGAGUGACAGAGGCAGUGGAUGUGACCCGGGGUGCUGUGCAGAGCGGUGUGGACAUGACCAAGUCCGUGGUGACCAGCGGCGUCCACUCAGUCAUGGGGUCCCGCGUGGGCCAGAUGGUGCUGAGUGGGGUGGACACGGUGCUGGGCAAGUCGGAGGAGUGGGUGGACAACCACCUGCCCAUGACGGAUGCUGAGCUCGCCCGCCUCGCUACGUCCCUGGAGGGCUUCGACAUCGCCUCGGUGUCCCGGCAGCGGCAGGAGCAGAGCUACUUCGUGCGUCUGGGCUCCCUGUCGGAGAGGCUGCGCCAGCGGGCCUACGCUCACUCUCUGGGCAAACUUCAGCACACCAGGCAGAGGGCUCAGGAGGCCCUGCUACAGCUGUCACAGGCGCUCAGCCUGAUGGAAACCGUCAAGCAGGGAGUUGAUCAGAAGCUGGUGGAGGGUCAGGAGAAACUACACCAGAUGUGGCUCAGCUGGAACCAGAAGCGACUCCAGGGCGCAGAGGAAAACCCGGCCAAGCUGGAGCAGGUCGAGUCCCAGACGCUCACCAUGUUCUGUGACGUCGCCCAGCAGCUGCAGACCACCUGUGCCUCACUGGGCUCCAGCCUCCAGGGGCUGCCCACCCACGUGAAGGACCAGGCACUGCAGGCUCGCCGCCAAGUGGAGGAGCUCCAAGCCACCUUCUCCGGUGUCCACUCCUUCCAGGACCUGUCCAGCAGCGUCCUGACACAGAGCCGCGAGCAGGUGGCCAGGGCCCGAGAGGCCCUGGACCACAUGGUGGAGUAUGUGGCCCAGAACACACCCAUCAUGUGGCUGGUGGGGCCCUUUGCCCCCGGAGUUGUGGAGAAGGGCCCAGAAGAGAAGGAGGAGAGACAGGAGAAGAGCUCGGGGGGCUCCGUCCUCCCAGAAAGGCCGGCAGGCAGCACUGAGCCCCCUACCCCUGAGCCUUGCUUGGAACCAGAUUCCUAAAUGUUCCUGCCAUUCAUCUCAGCUGCCACCUCGGGAGGGUGAGGUCCUCAGAACCAACCAGUCCCUCACCCUCUCUGAGCUUGGAGGAAGCGAGUUCUGAACCUCACAUCAGUUGGUGGGGAGAAGUUUCCAGGGAAAAAAAAAAAUUCUAGAAAAUUCCAAAAUACGUGUUUUCCUCCUUAAAAACCAGAAAUAUAGUUCUUACAUCUCGCUCCCUUUUCUACACCCAGGCCCCUGCAUAUCAGCCUUUAGCUAAGGGGCUUGGACUCCGGGCUGGGGUGGGGAGCUGACAUUCAUUCUCGAGCAGAACGGGGCUGAGGCCUGCGAGCCGUAGGUGCCCGGAGCUCCAGUGUUGCCUUAAUAAAUUUUACCUGCAGCUAA